GUCCCAAUGUGUCAUUUAACGAAUAUCCCUGAAAAUAUACACGAAAGUCUUAGCGAUAGUCGGGCUGUUUGCCACUUUGCUCGCCGAUGGAAAACGAAAGUAAAAAUCAAUUGUUCGGGACGGGUGUGAGUUGUAAAAUAUCUGAGUUCAGUCAUAAAAUUAAAUAACCAGCAUGUGAUAUUUAAAUUAUGGACUCAAAGAUUGCUUGAAAUAAAUAGUGUUAAAAAAGCAUUUAAUAAAAGUGCUACUUGGUAAAAAAAAGAAACGAUUGCAACCGUUAUGCGAGUUCCCGACAUUACAUUAACAGCUGGAAAUGCUGCGCAACCAAGGCAUAUCGUCAACAAAUUUAGCGAGUCUGACCAACAACAAAUAGCAACACCUACAGCAACAGGAGAGUCGUCCAGCUCAUUGCAAUUGGAUCAGAACGAAGUUAAUAAGAACGAAAAUUGGGCAGUGGAUCAACUAAAUACCGCUACAGCUACUGGCCCCUUUGAUUUUCUACCAAGUACCCAAUUCACCAACACCUCUGCUUACACCUCUUCGGCUGAUGAAUUCGUUCAAAGGGCACUAAGUUCCUCCCUGGCAGUACCAUGCGAAUAUACGAACUCGACAUUAGCCGCUCAAAGCUUUGAAGAGUAUUUCCGACGAAAUUUACAAAGACAAAGUCGCCUAGAGAACUUCGGUAGCAAUAGCAAUAGUGCCUAUAAGGGAUUUCAGGAGGUAUACGUCAAUCGCGCCGCCAUCGCUUUGGACGAUUUCGAAGAAACAAAUCGGUCGAAAAAAUUGAGUAGAUGUGAGGCAGAUACAAAAUCUGGAAAGCAGCAAUACGAUAAUUAUAACCUUCGUGCCUCAAUCGGUGUGAGACCAACUGAUCGCCAUUACGACUAUAACAACGAUAUGAAAAAAGAUGUAAGCAGCACCGUUUAUGAAGAAAACUCAAAUCAUCAACAGCAAUCAAAGACUAAUGCCACCGCAGAGGAAUAUGUAGAGGAUGUAAACGAUCCAGAAAAAGACCAAAAUGAUCAGCCUAUGCUGGAUUUGUGCAAUGAUCGUUACCAUAAAUCGGACGUAGAGCAGCACAACGAUGAAUUAGAUGAGUAUCUAACAUCACCUACAUCGUCAAGCGUUUCUUUGGGUACCCCACAGCGCUCGUAUUUUCCACGAGGUAUUAUCAAUCCAAAUUAUCCUGGAUUCCAACAUUUAGCGCACACACUCUCCGAACACUUUAUUGGCUGCACACCAUCCGAUUCGUAUGACAGUGACAUGUCUGAGUGUGAAAUGGAAUUGAGUGCCGACAGUUGCGAAGAAUUGCCUAGCGAGGAGCAGCAGGUGGAGAUGAAUGUGAAGAUGAAUAUCUACAACAACAAUAGUCACAAGAGGUCCUCAUCGGGUAGCCGAGAUUUACCAACUACUGCACAACAAAUACAACAAUCAAAUCGAAUAGCCUACACGGACGCUAAUAGUAAUAACUCUACAACCAAUAAGGUAACCAGCGGAGACCAACAACAACUGCAACAACAACAACAGCAUCAGCAGGAGCAGCAUAACAAAUUGGGCACUCUUAUCGCAAAUGAAUUGCACGACAAUUUACGUCAACUACUCACCUUAAAUGUGCCAGAUAACUAUUCGGAUGCCUAUAUUAUAAACUCUUCAGAGAAUUUUGCCUUUCGUUAUGAUCAAAAAUGUCGAUUAGUCGCACAAAUGUAUGGCGAGGGACCACAGGUGCAUGGCACUACACCCGACAUUUUGUUGAAGAACUGUAAUUUACGUCCGGAACAAAAUUCGAAAAAAGAGAACCGUCCGGAUUUGCUGCGUGGUGUGAGUCCACAGCCGCUGAGAAAACGCGUUGAAACGGCAGAUGAGGCAAACACGAUUAAUAGCAAUGAUGCCGUUAACAAUCAAGCUACAGCCUCAGAAGAGAAGAUACGUGUCUUUAAAGAAGAAAUUUGCAAUGCUACAACGCCGGUGCGCUCCAGUGAAAUUUGUAAGGAUGAUGCUGUGGGUUUUGGUAUAACUCCUGUCGAUAUAAUUGGCGACUUUGAGCAAGAGGUAGAACGAGAAUUUGGCCUUCUUGUCAGCGGUUAUAGGCGAUUGGUUGAAACUAAUGAUGAAGCUAACGAAGAUGAGAAUGAGAUCGGCGAGCCGCAACCAAUUGAAAAGGUAUCGGAUGCACUGUUGUCGAGUGCAAAGGAUCUUAUAGAUUCCGAUAAAUACAUUAAUGCACUGCAACAAACGAAAGAAGAACUGUCUUCAAGAGUUGAGACGGAAGCAGAAAACGGAGCCAAAGGUGAGAUUCAACAUAUCUCAUCAAUGGACUAUAUGGAGGACAAUAAUGCUGUUGAUUGGUCAUAUGGACGUGGCAGCGAUUCUGAAGAAAUACAUUCUGGCCAAGUGAAAGAGGCGCAUGACAACAAAUUGGACGAUAUAACCGACGUAAGCACCGUUAGCAAUACGAGUAGCGCGCAAAUGCGACCUAAGUACCAUAAGGCUUCGUAUGACGAGCGGCAGCUACCACCGGUCGCAAUUGAAUACAAGCGCUGUCAACAAAGCACACGUAACAUACGCAAAUCUUCUGCACAAACUCAUGAGAAAUGUGAAAAGGCAACUAAGGCGGCAGGCGGUAGCAAGAUUGGACGCAAUCACUCGAAAUCCGGUUUUACCAAUCGAUUCUUCAAUUCGAAAAGAAGCAAUGUCGGCUGUGGUUCGAGAAAUGGCGACAAAUCGGCAGAGAGCAAUGCCAAUCGGCGACGCGAAGAAGCUGAAAUGCAUCAAUAUCAACAGUUGAUAAGCAACAAGGAGCUAAUCUUAAGUAAUAGUCGUUAUGCGAAAAUGUCUGCUUGGGCGCAGUAUUUGAAGAAUUCGGUGAAAAAUCAUGGCGGCAAGUAUGUGAGCACCGAUUUGGCUUCACCAAGUGCUUUGGAUUUGUUCGAUGCUUAUAAAAUUGGAGGUGAUUUCGAUAUGGAAACGUUGCAGAAACAUUUGAAAAUGGCUAAGGAAAUUGAGAAAAAGCGUCGUAGUGAUCGUGAGGAAAUACGCCGCCGUUUGGCUAUGGGCGCGGAGGAAACCAGUCAGGAAUCGAAAGAGCGAAGUUCUUGGAAGACUGGUAUACAGUCAAGACUAGCAAGUACACAAUUGGGUCGCCUAAAUGAUCCCUCUUCUGACACGGAAAGCCACAGCUCGGACUCAGAGACGUGCCCGAAGCUUUCCAAAACCAAAUGUGUGGAUAAUGGGAGUGUCCUUAGUAUUUCGUUGGCGGAUAAGCCCACCUAUCCAUAUAGUGGUAAUGGACGUGCCUCGAUUUCGUCCCAUGGCGCCACAGCUGCGAGCAAGUAUCCAACACAACAAAACUUAAAACUGCAACAAGGCAAAAAACAGAAUUUGCAAAAGACGCUGUCGGCGAUCAGCAGCGAAGAUAUGGAAUGUGAUUUCUUUACCAAGCAAGCCAAAUUACAGAUUGAAGCACGUAUGGCAUUGGCGCAAGCCAAAGAGAUGGCUCACAUGCAAAUGGAGAUUGAGCGCCAAAAUCGUCGAGUGUCACCAAUUACCGAUAUCAUACGGGUGUCGUUGCGAAAAGUGGGCGUGCAAAUGACCGCCGAUAAGCGUCGGGUCUCACGGCAAAUGCUUACCGAUAUGAAUAUAGCGCAGUUACAAGUGCUCGUCAAUAGUCUGCAUACGCAUAUUGAAGAGUUGAAUGAGUCAUUAGUGCAUAAUUUGUUGGAAAGAGAUGAUCUUCAUGUGUCGCAAGACUCGAUGUUGGUUGAUAUUGAAGAGCUUACGAGAUAUAUUGGUGCAAACGAGCAUCUUGCACAACGGUAUAAAAACCCCACUCUAUACAAACACAACUAAAGCCAUACAUACAAACAUAAUUUCAUAUUAUAAUAUAUACUCCUAUUUCGGUCUUGGAAGUACAUAGCGGAAAAAAACUACAGUGAAGGCAAAAAAUAAUUUAAUAAAAGUUAUAUUUAAUUAUAUAGUUACAUACACACAUACUAACAAACAUGCUUAUAUACAUAAUUAAUGAAAAAUUUACUUUCCAAAUUGUAUUUAUUAGAAAAUAUUGAAAAUAAUAUUUGAAAAAUCGAAAAAGUUCGUUCGUGGUUCAAAGUUGAUAUUUGAAUUUAAUAAAAAUUACGCAGACACCAAAACAUAGAAAUCCAUACAUUCCACAAUAACACCUAUACAGCUAAAUACAUACAAUAAAACAAUGGAUACAUAACGGUAGAAAAAGUAUUUAAAUCAUUUUGACAACUUUCCACAAUGCUAACACAUUCAUUCGAUUGUAAAACAAUAAUCAUAACAGUUAUGUAUCUAAACUGAAAAUAUAAGCUACAUACAUAUCUUUAAUAUCUUCUUGUUACUGAAACUUAAAGGGAAUUUCUGAAAUACUAAAAUAAAGCAGUUGAAACAAAUAAAAGUUAAUAAACUAAGGAACAUUUAAACUGAAAAAGAAAUACAAUUACUGGCAUCUGUACUGCAACCUGCAUUAAUGUUAUGUAAGCAUACAAACAUACAAACAUAGUUCACUUCAAUUCACAAUACGAU